AUGCGGCGGAUGAUUGUCGCUGCAAAUCAUAAACACAGGGUUAAUAUUAACCCUCAGAAGGCAAUAUCCCGACAAUGUCUUGCAAAGGGGCACGCCCCUGCGUCUCAAAACCACGCGCCGCAGUCCGUGCAGAGCGUCCACAUCGCGGUGGGGCUCUCCGCGCGCAACGCGGCGAACGACCACCACCUGGACGCGGCGUCGCCUGCGCCGCAGUACAGGCCGCGCAGCUUCGGGAGCGGCGGGGGCAACAGGGGGGGCGUCGGCUUCGUCGAGCAGGUCGGCGAGGCGACCGCCUGCGCGAACGGCGGGUCGAAGUACAUGCCUGACGACGAAGGCAAGCGCACCUUCUCCCUUGCCCUCCGGGCCUCCCUCCCCUCCGGCCGCACAGACCCGCACACCGCGGGGCGCACGCAGAAGCAAAAGGACGCCCACCUUGGUCUUGACACGGGCGGGCCCGCGGAGUACGAGCAGGCGAAGCUGGCGGGGAGCCGCUUCGGCGAGACGCGCGCCCAGAAGGGGAGCGUGACGGUCGGCGCGGAAAAGCAGAAGCGCACGCCGGGGACGGAUAGGAAUGCGGAGAGCGCGUUGGGGGAUUUUAGUAACGUCGGGGUGGUUGCUGGGCAGAAGGAGAAGUGA